CAUUGACUCUGCCUCAGUGAGUAAUCGUCGGUUUCGAGACCAGCAAAAUGAAAACACUCGGUGUCACAUUACUCCUCCUUACUUGCGCAAAUGUUGCGUUGAGCGCGAAAAUUUUGGGUGUCUUCAUGACCCCUAGUUAUAGCCACCAAGUCGUGUACCAACCGAUCUGGAGAGAACUUUCGCUAAGAGGCCAUCAAGUAACUGUGAUCACUCCUAAUCCACUACAUGACAACAAGCUAACAAAUCUAACGGAAAUAGAUGUCAGUGCUUCCUACAAGAUAUUCAGAGAUGAGAACGAAAAAGGCAUGUUGGAAGGAAAAUCCCUACUUGGUGAGAUGAAAAGAUUCUCGAAGAUUUUCGAGAUGUUAUCACAUUACCAGCUCGGCCAUCCUGAGGUACAGGCUUUGAUUAAGAACAAAAAUCAAACUUUCGACCUACUGUUGGUAGAAUAUCUAUACCCUUCUAUGUAUGCGCUCAAGGACGUCUACAACUGCCCAAUGAUUGGAAUAACCUCACUUGGUAUUACACCCUUCGGAAACGAAAUUAUUGGUAAUCCUAAAAAUCCUGCAAUUGAACCUGAUAUCACCAUGGAGGUUUCCGUUAGCAAAACAUUCAAAGAACGUUUUUUGAGCACCGUACUGGAUUUAACUGGAAGAGUACUAUCCCGGUAUGUACUCAUGAAUAAACUAGACAAACAUGUUGCUCAAUAUAUUGAUGAAGACAUCAGGCCAAUGAGAGAAAUCGUCCAAGACUUCAGCUUGGUAAUAGUCAACUCGAAUUUGGCUAUCAGGAACUCAAAACCUGUGGUUCCGAAUCUCAUAGACAUUGCUGGAAUACAUAUUCAGAAGCCAAAACCUUUGCCCAAGGACUUGAAACACUUCUUGGACACAGCCAAAGAAGGAGUCGUGUACUUCAGCCUGGGAUCGAACAUGAAGAGCGCCUUGAUACACCCUGAUAAGCUUGAUAUGAUCUUACAAGUGUUCGCGGAGUUGCCCUACAAGGUCUUAUGGAAAUUCGAAAAGGAAGAUAUGGCGAACAGAACAGACAACGUUUUUAUCCAAAAAUGGCUGCCACAACAAGAUGUUUUGGCCCAUCCAAACGUCAAACUUUUCAUAUCACAGGCUGGAAUACAAUCAAUCGACGAGGCUAUCUUCAAAAAGGUUCCUCUACUGUUGAUUCCAAUCUUCGGAGAUCAACCAUUCAAUGCUCACCACAUGGUCUCCAAGGGAGCAGCUUUGUCUCUAGAUUACCACAACUUGAACAGAGUAGAGUUCAAGAACGCAAUACUUGAGAUGAUGAACAAUCCAAAAUAUCAAAGCCACAUGGACGAUCUUCACGUCAUUGCCACAGACCAAAUUGUUCCCCCUCUAGAGAAAGCUGUCUGGUGGAUUGAGUAUGUUCUUCGUCAUGAUGGUGCAAAACAUCUUAUGUACAGUGGAAGAGACGUUCCAUUCUAUCAGUACUACAUGCUCGAUAUCGUAGCAGCUGUGUUAGCUACCAUCAUAGCCACUGUGAUGAUUGUGGUGAAGACGACGAAAGCAACUAUCAAAUUCUUCAUGGUGUCUAGAAGUUACGUGCAGAAUAAAAUGAAGAAAACUCAGUAGGACUGAGGAGAUCAAUCUGGUCGCGAAUACUCAUAUUUAUUUACAUUGUACCUGUAAAUAUUUUUAUACGGACGAAAAAUUAAAUAUUUUUUUCAUA